AUGGCUGCGGCUUUUGUGGGAGAAGCUUUCCUCUCAGCUGCUGUGGAGGUGCUGUUGAACAGGAUAAUUUCCCGUGAGUUCCAAGACUUCUUUCAUUGCAAGAAGCUUGAUAUUUUGCCCCUUAAAAAGCUUAGAAUAACACUGUUGAGUCUUCAAGCUGUACUAAAUGAUGCUGAAGAGAAACAGAUCACCAACCCUGCAGUCAAGGAAUGGCUGGAUGAGCUCACACAAACUGUCUUUGAUGCCGAAGAUUUGUUGGAUGAAAUCAACACUGAGGCUUUGCGAUGCAAAUUGGAAGCCAAGUCUCUGAGUCGAUCUACUAGAGAUCAGGUGAUGAACUUAUUUUCUUCUCCUCUCAACCAGUUUCAAAAAGUUGUCAAUUCGAAAAUACAAGCUUUGUUUCAAAGACUAGAACAAUUUGCCCUGCAAAAAGACAUCCUUCAACUAAAAGAAGGUGUUUCCAGCAGUGUCUGGCAUGGAACUCCCACAAGUUCUGUGGUAGAUGAAUCCACUAUCUAUGGCAGAGAUGAUGACAGAAACAAACUUAAAAGUUAUUUGAUGUCAGAAGAUGCUAGUGGCUGUAAAAUAGGAGUGAUUUCCAUUGUGGGCAUGGGAGGGCUUGGGAAAACAACACUUGCUAAACUCCUUUACAAUGAUCCAGAUGUACAAGAAAAAUUUGAUUUAAAAGCAUGGGCCUAUAUUUCAAAUGGUUUUGAUGUUUGCAAGGUUACUAAAACCAUUCUUGAAUCUGUCACCUUCAAAUCAAACGAUACAAAUAACUUGAAUAUUCUACAAGUAGAAUUGCAACAAAGCUUAAGCCACAAAAGAUUUUUUCUUGUAUUGGAUGACAUAUGGGAUGGAAGCUCUGUUGAUUGGAACAAUCUAAUGGACAUUUUUAGUGCUGGGAAAAUGGGGAGUAAAAUUAUCAUCACAACUAGAGAUGAGAGUGUCGCAAGAGCCAUGCAAACUUUUUUACCUAUCCACCAUUUGACAUCUCUAUCUAGUGAAGAUUGCUGGUCUUUACUUGCUAAACAUGCAUUUGGAGCAAAUAAUUGCAGCAAACAAUUAAACCUAGAAGUAAUUGGUAAAGAAAUAGCAAAAAAAUGUGACGGCUUACCAUUAGCUGCAGUAACACUUGGGGGUCUUCUUCGUACCCAAUUAUCAGAAAAUUAUUGGACCAAGGUAUUAAAAAGUAACAUUUGGGAUUUGCCAAAUGUUAAGGUUCUACCAGCUCUACUAUUGAGCUAUCAUUACCUCCCUGCUCCUUUGAAACGAUGCUUCGCUUACUUAUCGAUAUUUCCAAAGAACUCCAAGAUAGAAAAAGAGAUGGUGGUGCGGUUAUGGAUUGCAGAAGGCUUAGUAUGUCAAUCCAAAAGUGACAAAACUAUGGAAGAAGUAGGUGAUGAAUACUUCGAUGAACUAGUAUCAAGGUCACUGAUACAUAGAAGAGGGUCACUAAGUGGGCAAGCAGACUUUAAAAUGCAUGACCUGAUCAAUGGUUUAGCCACUAUGAUUUCAUCUACAUAUUGUGUCAAGUGUGAGGAUCCAAUGUCACGUGCAAGUGUUGAAAGAAUUCGUCAUUUGUCAUACAACAGAGGGAUGUAUGACUCUUUCAAUAAAUUUGAUUGCCUUUAUGGAUCAAAAGGUCUGCGUUCCUUCAUUGUCUUACCAUUUAGAAUGCGGUGGUUACGAAUUGGUUGUUUUCUCUGUUGUUACUUGUCAAACAAGGUAGUACAUGACUUGUUACCAAGAAUGACAAAGCUGAGGGUGUUAUCCUUGUCACACUAUGUGAAUAUCACUGAGUUGCCUGAUUCUCUUGGAAAUUUAGUUUUUCUGCGAUACUUGGAUCUUUCUAACACUAGCAUUCAGAGAUUGCCAGAUGUAAUUUGCAAGCUCUAUAAUAUGCAGACUUUGUUGUUGUCCAAUUGUUGGUUACUCACUGAAUUGCCCGAGGACAUUGGAAAUUUGGUAAAUCUACGGCACCUAGACAACAGUGGGACUGUUUUGAAGAAGAUGCCUAAACAAAUAGCCUCACUACAAAAUCUUCAAACCUUGUCCACCUUUGUCAUCAGCAAACUGCAAGAUGGAUUGAAGGUUGGAGAGCUGAAAAACUUUCCCCUUCUACAAGGAAAACUUUCCAUUUUGAAGCUACAAAAUGUAGUUGACCCCGAUGAAGCUCUCCAAGCCAAUUUGAAGAAGAAAGCACAAAUAAAUGAGUUAGCACUAGAAUGGGAUUGUGGUACCACUGAAGAUACGCAAAUUGAAAGGCUUGUACUCGAGCAGCUGCAACCUCCAAUAAACUUGAAGAAACUGACCAUCAGGUCCUAUGGUGGAACCAGCUUUCCAAAUUGGUUAGGUGAUGCUGCCUUUGGUAACAUGGUGUACUUACGCAUUAGUGGCUGUGAUCAUUGUUGGUCGCUACCUCCCCUUGGGCAGUUAGUUAGUCUUCAAGAACUCUACAUUUCUGAUAUGAAAUCAGUGAAGACUGUUGGUACUGAAUUCUAUGGAAGUUCUUCACCUUCAUUUCAGCCAUUUCCCUCCUUGGAGAUUUUGAGUUUUGAGGGGAUGCUAGAGUGGGAGGAAUGGAACUGGAUCGAAGUGCUAAAAAGGCUUAGCAUUUCUUCUUGUAAGAAUUUGAAAUCUAUUUCUAGUGCAGAAAAUUCAUCCCAGAGUCUCUCACUUCUUGAACAUUUGAGCAUAUGUAAAUGUCCUGAACUUGAAUCAUUUCCAGCGGGUGGAUUGCUCAUUCCUAACCUCAUUCAACUCGAGGUAUUGAGCUGUGACAAGCUCAAUUCACUCCCUGUACCAAUUAACACUCUUGCUUCCCUCCAAUCAUUGAACAUUAAUCAUCUUCCCAAUCUUGAGUCUUUUGCACAAGGGGGUUUGCCUAUCAGGCUACGUGAGUUUUAUGUCUCUAGUCUAGGGAGUUUCUUGACAACAACUAUCAGUGACUGGGGUUUGCAAAGGCUCACUUGUCUUUCAACAUUGACUAUUGGAAGUGAUGAAAUUUUGAAUGCAUUUACGAAGAUGAAAACGUCAUUGCUGCCAACUUCUCUGGUGUCCUUAUGCAUAUGUAAUCUUACGGGUAUAAAAUGCUUGGAUGGGAAGUGGCUUCAGCAUCUAACCUCUCUUGAAAAGCUUGAGAUUUUAUGUUCUCGCCAACUUGAAUCCUUACCUGAAGAGGGAUUGCCUCCCACUCUUUCCGUGUUGACCAUCGAGAUGUGUCCAUCAUUAGAAGCAAGUUGUAGCCACGGAGGGAAAGAUUGGUCUAAGAUUUCUCACAUUCCGUGCAUAAUUAUCAACGGGCAAGUGAUCAUAUAA